CCUCAGUGUAAAUUGUGUGAAUAAAGAAGAAAUUGAAAAGAAAAAAAUGUAAAAAAAUUAAUUAUGUUCAAUAAAACGAAGUUUCCGGGAAAGCCAUCCAAGCUAGUGAAUAAAAAGCGUGUUAGUGUUUUGUCUUUCGAUAAUAAUUUUGAUAAAAGAGCAAGCGAUCAUUGCGAAAGUGAUGGUGAAAAAAAUUUGGCUUCACCAAAACAUGAACAUGGCUACCAGACGGAAAGUACAACAACAGCAAAACAGUCGUCAACAGAAGAGAGUGAAGAUAAAUCCAAACCAGUUAUGACAUCGACAGCAACAGCAAGCAAAAAUAUAACAACAACAGAGAUGGAUAAUUGCGAGAAAAGUGAAAACGAUGCACAUUGUGAUAGUAGAGAUAAAAAAUCACGGACGAAUAAAAAGCGUGUCACAUUUCGAGCGACACUAGAGACAAGUGAUCAGUGUAAAGUGAAGCGUGUUUACAACCCGAAUUUCGAUGGUCCACUUGUGUCCAUAAUUAAAAAAGAGUCUCUCAAUUAUCCAAUUUUAGUAUACAAGUCGAAAUGUAUUGUGCGACCAUCGCGUUUAACUGAGAUUGUUAAAAAUAGUGCAAACAAUAUCGAUAAGUUGAAUUCAUUAAAAUUUGGGCGCGAAUAUGCAAAUCAACAGCAGCAAAGUACAAGCGGCGAUGAAAAAGAAAAGACAACAUCGAAUGUGAUUGUUGCCAGUAAAUUUAAUCUGCCUAAGUUGAGUGCUAACUCGUCACGAGUCAUAAAGCCUAAUAAACGUUUUCUCUUUGAUACUGGCGAGGAUUCAGUCACGAAUAAAAAGAAGGUGAUAAAGCCAAGCUUUUGGGGAGCUGGUGGAGAGCAAACGUCAUCUAAAGAUAAAAAGCCAUUUGGUUUUAAUUUCAUCGAUGAACUUGACUUGAAGUUAAAGAAAGAGAAAAAUUCUAAAAUUUCUCAAAAGUCAUCAUCGCAGGAAGUAACGAAACCUUCCACAUCAUCGCCACCUGCUUCAUCAUCAACUUCGAUAUUAAGAAAGCCUGUGCUUCAGCUCUCUACAUUUAGUCUGUUUGGAAAUCCUCAAGAUCGUGAACAAGUUGCAAUUAAAAGUCCAUUCUCAUUAAAUCUCAAUUCAUCAAACAACGCCAAUAUCUCAUCAUCUAUCUUUACAACAUCGCGCGUUUGUCAUGUUUGUAAUUCGAUAACAACAAGAAAACAACCGAGAAAGUAUGGAGCUGUUUGUUGUGAGCUUUGCAAGAAGUUUAUGUCGAGAAUGAUUGAGAAAGUCAACAAGAUUAAUAAAGAACCGCGCACUAUCCAAUGUGAUAAAGGAGAUGGAACUUGCGCAAUUUCACCAACAACAAUUAAAUCUCAUAAGAGCCUUAAAGCUCACAAAAUUGAUCUUAAAGCACUCAGCAAAGGCCGUUGUUAUGCGUGUUGGCUUAAAAAGUGUCUUCUCAACUUUCAACUUCCAUCACCAUUGAAAGCACGUCUCAAUAAUAUUCUUCCGAAGAUCUUAGCAGACGCAACAAAAUCUUCAGAGAAUUCAAAUAUUUUCCUUAAUUCCAUGAAGUUUCCUUCGUUUAAAAUCACAUCAAAUCCACUUGCCGUGAAUAAUUUCACAUUUGGCAGUAAGCCUGACAUCAAACCGAAUGUUGAAAGUGUUUUAAAGACGAGUUUCCAAUCAGCUGUUGAAUCAACUAAGCCAUUGUUGGUUGAGAUUCCUAAAGAGCCGUCACUUGAAGUUGUUAAAAAGUCACCAAGUCCUUUAAGAUCAUCGCCGAGAGGAUCGCCAAAGAAAGCAAUCGAUCAACCAUCAACAUCACCGACACUUGCUCAAGCAAUCGCGCCAGGAAAUGUCGCAACAUCAGACGCACUACGACAACGUGUCUUAAUUAAAGGACCUAGAGUUAAACACGUUUGUCGUUCAGCUUCACUUGUUCUCGGUCAACCGAUUGCAAUCUUUCCAGGAGAUGAAUCUCAAAAUCUUGCAGUUGAUCCCAUUUUAGAAGAUGAAAAUUCUGAAAAAGAAAAUGUUGCGAUGACAACGAAAAAGGAAGAAAAUGAAAUCAUCGAAGAUAAAGAGAAAUCAUCGACGAUAAAUAAAGAAGUUGAAAGUUCAUCAGCAACUCUCCCAACGAUUAAUCGACGAACUGUUGAAACAUUUGACGUGAGUAAGCCAAUCACAAGGAAAGUUACGCGACCGAAUUUAACUUUGUCGCAAACACAAAAUUCAAAUCGUUUGUCAUCGAAACCAAUUCCAUCAUCAAAGAAACUUUUAUUUCAUAAUCAACAACAACUUGCGAGAAAUAAUAACAACAACAACAAUCAUAAUUUACCUCCAAUGAUUUCGAUCGAUUUCUGGGAGAAUUACGACCCAGCUGAAGUCAGUCGCACUGGCUUUGGUCUUAUAAUGAGUGAGAAAACUCCGAUCAAAUCUUUAUGUUUCCUUUGUGGAAGUUGUGGAAGUGAUCCUUUAAUAUUUUGUGUCUGUUGCUGUGAACCUUAUCAUUAUUAUUGUGUCGAAGACGAGUUUAAUAUUCGAUUUCGUGUAAAUAAUUUCACGUCAACAUCAUUGGAUUCGAGUAAGAAUGAAAGUAUGAACAUUUCAAGUGAUUCCGGUGCACUUGUUGAGCGUGGCUAUGACAUGCCAUUAAAUAAGAAACUUAAUUGGCUUUGUCCACGUUGUACUGUUUGUUACACUUGUAACAUGUCAACAGGCGCCAAAGUAAAGUGUCAAAAGUGCGAGAAAAAUUAUCACACGACUUGCUUGGGAACAAGUAAAAGACUUCUUGGUGCCGAUCGUCCAUUAAUUUGUGCGUCAUGUCUUAAAUGUAAAUCGUGUGGAACGACAAAUGUCACAAAAUUCAUCGGCAAUCUGCCAAUGUGCAGCAAUUGCUUUCGUUUAAGACAAAAAGGAAAUUUCUGUCCAUUAUGUCAAAAAUGUUACGAGAAUAAUGAUUAUGAUGUUAAAAUGAUGGAAUGCGGCGAUUGUCGUCGUUGGGUGCAUUCGAAAUGUGAAGGAUUAACAGACGAACAAUACAAUUUGUUGAGCGUUCUUCCCGAACACAUCGAAUUCAUCUGCAAGAAAUGUUCGCCGAAUAAUGGUUUAGCGAACAUUUGGCGCGAAUCUGUUGAAGCUGAAUUCAAGACGAGCCUGUUGAGUGUCAUAAAACUUUUAAGUAAGAGUCGACAUGCAUGCGUGCUUCUAAAGUUAAGUCCAAGAAAGAAAAGCUCACAAUGUUGUUCGAGGAUGAAUUGUCAGUCAAGUUUUAAUUCCCUUUUUGAUGCACUUAAAACUGCUGACGACAACAACGAAUCUCAAUCACAACAAUGUAAAUGUCAGAACAACUUUCAAUUGGAUUUAUUUAAGCCAAGUAUUAAUUCAAUUAAACAAAACAUUCAUGACAGUCAAUAUCAUUCACUUCAAGCUUUUAAUUACGACAUGAAUAAGAUUCUAACUGAUGCGCAAUCCGAUGAACUUGUUGUGACUUAUAAUGAGAUUAUCAGUGAAAUCUUUCCAUGGUUUCAAAACGAAACAAAAGCAUGCACCGAUGCACUUGAAGAGACAAUGAAUGAUCAUUCAAAAGCUGAUUUAUUAGACGAUUUAAUGAUUGAAAGUGAGAAUGGCGAUUACUUUAUGAUGCCAACAUUUAAUGUUCCUGAAAUUAUUGCGAAAGUUGACGAUUACACGACACAAAGAGUGUUCUUUAAUGGCCAUGACACAAGAUCAUGCAUGUUGUGUAAGAAGGAAGGUGAAUGUUCGUCAGAUGAAGAAGGACGUUUGCUUUAUUGCGGACAUAACACUUGGGUGCAUACAAAUUGUGCACUUUGGUCAGCUGAAGUUUAUGAAGAGAUUGACGGAUCGUUGCAGAAUGUUCACAGUGCAAUUUCUCGUGGACGUUUAAUGAAAUGUGGAAAGUGUGGUGGAAAAGGUGCAACAGUUGGUUGUAAUUUUAAGAAUUGCGGUGAACAAUAUCAUUUUCAAUGUGCAAGAAAGAUUUGUGAGUUCGGUGUUGACAAGCGAGUGUUUUGCCCUCAACAUUUAUCAAGAAUUGAAGACACGCGACAGCUGGAAACUAAUUUUGAAGUGAAUCGUUCGGUUUAUGUUGAACUUGAUCGUAAGAAGAAGAAAACGAUUGAAGCAUCGAAAGUUCGUUUUCUUAUUGGAUCGCUUUCUGUUACGAAACUUGGUCGUAUUGUUCCUGUUUUAAGUGAUGCUGAAGAUUAUCUUGUGCCUGUUGAUUUUGAAUGCACACGAUUGUAUUGGUCAUCACGACAACCGUGGAAUAUUGUUGAGUAUAAGAUAAAAAUAUCAAUUCAAAGAUCAAAUUAUCACACACUAAUGACAGAUAAAGGAAUUAAUUUUACUGUCGAUCACAGUCGAAGUCAUCAACUUGUGCAAAAGAAUUUAAAACAAAUUUCAAUGUUUCAUAAUUCGAUAAGUAAAGAACAUGAAAUUUUUAUUCAACAAGAAGAGACGACGCAAGAUGAAGAGCCACAGAAUAAUAAUGACUUACUUCCGCCGGAAAUUAAAGCUGCAAUCUUUGAAGAUCUUCCACAUGAUGUUCUCGACGGCAUUUCAAUGUUUGAUAUCUUUCCGAAGGAUCCAUCAGACUCCAAAGCUGCUUUCUACAAUCACGUCUUGGAUGAAGAUGACGAGAACAGUAAAAGCAAUCAUGUGAAUGGUGACGGUGAUGUUGACAGCGAUCUUAAUGGAUUUUUAACUUCGAUACAGUCCGAAGAUUGUCUAUUUACAUCGGAAUAUAAUUUCGCAAGGAAAGAUGAAUCUGAGAGUAAGAAAAGAAAGCUGAGCACGUCACCUGAAAGCAACGACAGCAAUAACAACCAAGGAACGAAGAAUGAUGAGAAAGGAAGCUCAAAGUUCCUUCAACUCCAAUCAAAAGCAUCAACAAAUGAGAAGAAUGAUGAAAAGUCAACAAAAAUUCCACAACUUGACGGCUUAAAUGAUGAAAUUUUCAUGUCCGAUGGUCCAGUUGCUUGCGAACGUUGUCAUUGUACAUAUCGUAAUCGAACAUCAUACGAUCGACAUUUAUCAACAUGCGAAAUCAUUCAAAAUACAACAACAGAAAAUGAUUCAGAUGUACAUGAUGGAAAUCACGUUUAUCAUUUAUCAAACACGACAACAACAUCACAACAUCAGUCGAUAACUGGAAUGGGCAAUAACAAUGUGAUAUCAAUGAUUAAUCAACAACAAAAUCAGUCAAUGUCUGCAAUUCCGAUUGUCAUUAAUCCAUUUGGACAGUCAACAACAUCACAGAAUGGAAUCACAAUGACAAAUGGCGCUGUUCAGAUACCAAACUUACAAAAUCUUUCAUUGUCAAUCGGAAGUGAUGGAAAUCUUUGUCAAAAUGUCAUUGUCGAUCAACAAGGUCAACAAAUUUAUGCUCAGCCAUUACAAAUUGGACAAUUUGGACAGACAGCAACGUUAAUGCCUUUAAGAAACUUUAAUCAAACAAAUGUUAUCAAUAAUGGAAACAUUUCUUACAUCAACACAUCACAACAACAGCAACCAACACAAUAUCUUCAAUUAGCAUCAACAAACAGCAGUGGAAAUGGUCAACAAUUGAUGACAAUCACAACACAAUCAGAUCAUGAUCAUCAACAGAAGAUUCAAAAGAAGCCGACACUGCUUCCAUCGCCAACAAAAGGCAAAACAUCAAAGUCACAAGCAAAUAUGAAAGUUGUUAAAUCAACUUUGAUUAAUGGAAAGAAAAAAGUUGAAACAAAGUCACAUCAACAACAAUUACAAAUUGUUAAUUCAAAGAAUAUUCAAAUAUCAAAUUAUCAGGCAAAUUCCACAGGAACGCCACGGCUUGAAAGUAAUCAACAGUCAACAACACAAAAUAUUAUUUUCCAACAGCCAACACAACAGCAGCAGCAACAAUAUCCGCUGAUUCUUAAUCAAAAUGGACAAAUUGUUCAAUACAUUCCAACUGAUGGUGGACAAAGUAAUGCGCAACUUCCAUAUUUGACGACAACAACAGCGAAAGAUGUUAAGACAGGAUCACAAAAUUCUUUCAUUACAAAUCCACAGACAUCGUCAACGACUGGAGCAGCAACACCCCAACAAAUAUUCCAAAACUCUUUUCAAUUGCCAUCAAAUAAUGGCAGCAAUUUGGUGCUUACACCUAAUGGCCUUUCAGUACUUCCAGUCCAAUCGCCGAUUGUUGGAACAUUAAUACAACAACCGCAAGCAUUGCAAUGUGUCAAUGGUGUGAUGUCAACGGAACAAAUGAUGUUGGGAUCAACGCAAGCAAUUGAAAUGGAUCCAACAUCAGGCUGCAUGUAUUUGACGACACAGCCAGUUUAUUAUGGACUCGAGACGAUCGUUCAGAACACUGUCAUGAGUUCACAACAAUUUGUGUCCACAGCAGCAAUGCAAGGAAUUUGUCAGAAUUCAAGUUUCAGUGCGACAACAACGCAAGUCUUUCAAGCGAGUAAGAUUGAACCAAUUCAGAUGGAAAUUCCAACGGGAUAUGUCUUUCUUAAUUCAAAUGACGGUUCACAAGUCAUUCAUCAACCACAAAUUGUUGAUAAUUCAUCGUGGAAUAUUGUGGACGAGAAGAAAGUUCCACUUGAUAUUGGAAGUUAUCAGAAGCCUUCAAAUAUUAUUCUUAAGACAUCAUCAUCGUCAUCUUCGUCGUCAUCAACGAAUCAGAAGCAGAAAGUUCAAGCAAAGAUAAAUAAAAUUCAACCUCAAGUGAUUCCAACAACAUCAAGUUCAAUGACCAACAAUACAAGUUCAACAAGUCGAAAUCUCAACACAGUUUUGAAGACAGUCAAUGAGAAUCCAUUAAUUGUUAAACAAGCAGCAAAUAACAUUCAAAUUCUCAACACAAAUUCAAUAGCAAAGAAGCAGAAAGCAACUUAUCGUACAAUUGGACCGAAACUUCCACAAGACGAUGUUUCAUCGAAAGUUAUUGAACCGACAACAAAUGUUCAAACAACUGUUAUUAAUCUACCAACAAGUGUCGUUAAUCCAAUUCAACAACAAAACAGUAUUUUUAAUAAUUUAAAUAACAAACAAAGCUCAAUCAAAUCAAACUUUCAAAAUCGUCCAACAAAUCGUGUUUUGCCAAUGCAGGCAUCGUCAGGUACGACAAGUAUCACAACAAUUGUUAAGAAUAAUAACAAAAUUGGCAACAUCGCCAAAGGUAACAGCAAUCAGAAUGGAACAUCUGGUAAUUCAGGUAGUAAUAACAAUAAUAAUAACAGCAGAAGUUCAUCGUCAUCACCCCUGGCGGUGAAUCAUGCAGUUAAUAACAACAACAACGUAAUGCCGCCAAUUCAAAGUGAAAUAUCGGAAAAUUAUUGUGAGAAAAUUAAAUCAAUUGCAAUGGAAUUGCAGAGUAGUAAAGCUGAUGAAUUGUUUGAUGCAUUACGACGAUCAACAAUAAAUAAUGUGAUAACAGUGACAUCAAAUGAUUAUUUGAUUGAAAAGAAUGUUGAUAAAAAGUUAAAAUCGCCAUCGCCACAUAAUGAAAACUUUCAAAUUCCAUCAACAAGUGCAUCAAAUUUGAGUUUGAAUGUUAUGAAAGCAACACCGACUGUUACAAAGACCGCAAGUGUAUGUUCCUUAACAAAAACGAUUGAUUCAGUUGCAACUGGUGCGAAUCUUCUUGAUGAUCGACCGGAUUCACCACAACCACCGACAACAAUUGUUGACACUUUACCACCUUCAAUAACAAUCACUCCAAUUGAAACGAGAGUUAAUACAAGUUCAAGUGAAGAGCAGAAAAAUGAGGGUGAUGGUGAAGAUGGGAAGAUGAAUAUUGAAACGAUAUUUGAGGAGUUGCCUGAAAUCAAAGCAUCGAAGAGCGUCAGUGAAGAAAUCACAUCAAUUGAUGAACAGGAAGACAUCAAAGCGCCUGAGAAGUCAUCAUUCCAAUCAUUCGAUGAGGAAACAUCGUCAGAACGACCAAGCACAUCAACAGGAUCGUCUUAUGCCAUUAAAUCAUCACGUGAGAAAACUCCAUCAAAUAAUUCAGGUUCAAAGAUUUGUGGACCGAAAAUUCUCUUUGAGAUUCAAUCACAAGAUGGUUUCACUUACAAAUCAACAUCAAUAUCUGAGAUUUGGGAGAAACUCUUUGAGACAGUACAAUUAGCGAGAAAAGCUCAUGGAUUGAUGCCAUUGCCGGAAGGACGACUGAAUGAGAUGACGGGUGAUCAAUUGUUAGGAUUAAAGACGAAUGCUUUGAAAUAUCUUUUAGAGCAACUUCCUGGUGUUGAGAAAUGUUCUCGUUAUUCACCGAAAUAUCAUCGAAGAAAUUCAUCAGCAUCAUCAACUUCGACUUCAUCAUUCUCAUCAAUGAACGGAAAUUGUUCAAGCAUGAGUGGCCUUUAUGGCAGCAGUUCCUUCUCAUCAAAUGCUUCUAAUCUGUCUUCCAAUUCGUCCAUGUCGACCUCAUUAACAUCACUUAAUCAAUACAUGAGUGAGUCCGAUGAGAUUGUUUACGAGAACUUUUACGGUUGUGCAAGAUUUGAGCCUUUCAGUACAAGAUCUGAAUAUGACAUGUUUAGUUGGCUUGCGUCACGACAUCGUUUAGCGCCAAUGCCAGUUCAUCUUCAAAGUAACAAUGAUGAAGUGAUUUUAAGGCGAGGCACAGGAAGUAAUCUUCCAAUGGCUAUGAAAUAUCGAACGUUGAAGGAAAGUUACAAAAAGAGUGUUGGAGUUUAUCGAUCUCACAUUCAUGGACGAGGUCUUUUCUGUACUCGAGACAUUGAAGCUGGUGAAAUGGUGAUAGAAUACGCUGGGGAACUUAUCAGAUCAACAUUGACAGAUAAACGAGAAAGAUAUUAUGAUAGCAAAGGAAUUGGUUGCUACAUGUUUAAGAUUGACGAUAAUUUGGUUGUUGAUGCGACAAUGAGUGGAACUGCAGCUAGAUUUAUCAAUCAUUCGUGUGAUCCAAAUUGCUACUCAAAAGUUGUUGACAUUCUCGGUCGUAAACAUAUUAUAAUAUUUGCAUUGCGACGUAUUGUGACUGGCGAAGAGUUGACCUACGACUACAAAUUUGACAUUGAAGACAACAAAAUUCCAUGCUGUUGUGAAAGCAACGAGCAAAGCUCGAGAAAAAAUAAACAUCACACAAAUGAACGAGUAAUGUUGAAUGCUAUGAUAUUAGGAAUAUUUAGUUAG